GAGGGUCAGAAGUGCAACCAAAGCAAUUCCUGUCGGUGUCCGAGACCAUGAGGGGCUGCUGGCUCCGGUCCAGGACGCCGAGGCUGCGCGCCAGGCCGGGUCCGCGCCCACGAUCGUCCCGCGCCACCCCGAGGCCCCGCGCGGCGCCCCGCUAGCCGGACCGGACCCGGACCGGGACUCGACCAGCCCUGCCCGCCCCGCCCCGGACCGGACCGGACCUGACCCAACCCGGGCCCGCCCCUCCUGGCCAUGGCUGCGGCGGCCGCGCUGCUGCUGCUGGCGGCGCCCGGGCUCCGCGCGCAGGGCCCCACGCGCGCCUUCAGCGAGGACGUGCUCAGCACCUUUGGCGCCAACCUCAGUCUUUCUGCCGCGCAGCUCGGGCUGCUGUUCCGGGAGCUGGGCGCUGGCCACGGCAGCCACGCGGGAGCCAUGGGGCCGGGCGCGCUGCACUUCAACCAGUGCCUAUCGGCCGAGGAGGUCUUCGCCCUGCAUGGCUUCUCCAACACCACCCGGAUCACCAGCACCGACUUCCCCAGCAUCUGCCCGGCCGUGCUGCAGCAGCUGACCUUCCACCCCUGCGAGGCCGAGCCCAGGGCCUUGUCCAAGCCCACCCUGUCCCAAGUCUGGGGCUACGGCCUGCUCGCUGUUACCAUCAUCAACCUGGCCUCGCUGCUCGGCCUGGUGCUGACCCCGCUCCUCAAGAAGCCCUACUUCCCGAAGAUUCUGACCUACUUUGUGGGGCUGGCUAUCGGGACCCUGUUCUCAAACGCAAUUUUCCAGCUCAUCCCAGAGGCAUUUGGAUUUAAUCCCAAAGUUGACAGCUAUGUGGAGAAGGCGGUUGCUGUGUUCGGAGGAUUUUACAUGCUUUUCUUUUUUGAGAGAACGCUCAAGAUGUUGCUGAAGACCUACGGGCAGAGCGAUCACACUCACUUCGGAAAGGAUGACUUCGGGCCCCCGGACAAAGUGCAUCAGCCCAGAGCGCUGCCUGCCGCCAACGGAGGGAUGUGCUACACCAACCCUGCUGUCACGGAGUCCAACGGGCAGGUGCACUUCGACAGCGUCAGCGUGGUGUCCCUGCAGGCUCCUGUAUCCACUCCAGCACCAGCGGUUGCACCAGCUGGGGUCCUGGUGGGAAGAAGACUGCAUCCUGAAGACUCUUGCAGCAGGGUUUGCAUGAGGAGCAAGGAGAACAAAAGGGAGCCCAGUUCGUGUGGCUGUUUGAAGGGGCCCAAGCUGUCCGAAAUCGGGACCAUCGCCUGGAUGAUCACGCUCUGUGAUGCGCUCCACAACUUCAUCGACGGCCUGGCCAUCGGGGCAUCGUGCACGCUGUCUCUCCUGCAGGGCCUCAGCACGUCCAUCGCCAUCCUGUGCGAAGAGUUUCCUCACGAGCUAGGGGACUUCAUGAUCCUGCUGAACGCGGGGAUGAGCACGCGGCAGGCCUUGCUGUUCAACUUCCUCUCCGCCUGCUCCUGCUAUGUGGGGCUGGCUUUUGGCAUCCUGGUGGGCAACAAUUUUGCUCCGAAUAUCAUAUUUGCACUGGCGGGGGGCAUGUUCCUCUACAUUUCUCUGGCUGAUAUGUUCCCGGAGAUGAACGACAUGCUCAGGGAGAAGGUGACGGGGAGGAAGACAGACUUCACCUUCUUCCUGAUCCAGAACGCGGGCAUGCUGACGGGAUUCAUAGCCAUCCUGCUCAUCACCCUGUACGCGGGGGACAUCGAGCUGGAGUGAUGGGGGCGUGGAGGCGGUGUCCCGGAUGAAGGCAUUCACAAAUCAAAACAUCUCCAGAGGGAUUUUUACGCUUACUUAGUUAAAAGAUGCUUUUGUUUUUAAGUGUAGGUCAAGAAAAGUGAUUAUUGGUUUCAGGUCUGUGAAAGAGACUGUUAUUUGUUGUUAAAAUGUUUUGAAAGGUGUUCGGUUCCAGUCUGAGUGCCCAGCGCAUGAGGUCUCGGAAAAUGCUCAGUUUCCCACGCCUCGUGCACAUUGGAAAAUCACCACGAAGCAAGAUACAUGCAUUUUCUAAUCAUGUCGACAGCGAGACCCCGGAAAAACACAAGAUAGGUCCCUUGAGGCUUUAAAACUCAGUAGGGUCAGUUUCAAGUGGUUUCACAGUGGUUUUCUUUCAAUUAAUUUGUUCUAGUGCUUCAAGAGCAGGUACAUGAGAAUGUGGAAGAGAAGCAAAACACACAACACAGAUAUAAAUGAUUCCCUGGCUUCUGUGAACCCGAGAAGGAAAUAUUGUGCACAGCGUUUGUUCUGUUUUAUGUUUCCAUCAGGAACCUACGACAUUGUGUUAAAAGCCUUCCAAAAUAAUUCAAACUAAGAAAUCAAUAAAGACUCGCGAGCCCUCCUAGGUUUGGGCUUAGAGACUCAUCUCCAAGUCAGCCCCCCAGACUCCAGCGGAGGCCAGCGCUGUGUGUGCAGGUCCCGAGCAUGCAGUGGGUCCACCUCAGCACAGUGUGCAGAGAGGGAGACCGGUCAGCUUCAGGGCCGGGGAUUUGCUUUGUGACAGGGAAGAAUAUGUUGGUUUCAAGAAAGAAAUUGAAUGUAAUUUUAAGUAAUUUACUUUUAAAGAUGAAAGUAAUUCUUUUUUUUUGUGGUACCGGGGAUCGAACUCAGGACCUUGUGCUUGCGAGGCAGGUGCGGUGUCACUGAGGUAAAUCCCCGACCCUAAAGAUGAACAUAAUUAAUUGGCAGAGAAUAUUUUAAUAAAUGCAAACAACAGCUGGGCUGCUGUGUGUCAGGGACUGAUGAAGCAGAAAGCACACAUUGCUUGUGGUGACCGAGAGUUGUUCAGAGAAGAUGUCUUCUAGGAUCAGUCUGCAUUUUUGCAUAUGGUAUACUUUGGGGAAAAAAAUUCGGCAUCCCAAGGUUAUCUUUCUACUUUUUCCAGAAGAUGGAGCCUAUUUACCCAGAUAAUAGAAAAGGAGUCUAAAGUUAAACAUCCUAACCUCAAUUCACACUCCCGAGUCACAUAAGGAAAGAUGAUUUGAUAGUGAGGAAAAUGAUGGAUAAAAGCCAACGAUGAUCUCAGGAAUUCCAUUUUCCCACAGACUAGAAAAUGUUCUCACAUAGCAGUAAUGCAAAUUUGAGGAACAUGUAACACGUAUGUUGAUGUAUAUUUCUUUUUAAUUUACAAUUUAAAAAAUAUUGUUGUUCCAAUUGUAAAUACCUGUGAAAGCAUGUACUGUCCAUUCAUUAUUCAUUUAAUGUGUAUUUUUUUUUGAGUGACUAUCAUGUACCUGAUAUUGUUGGGGAGAGAGAAAAUUUAGAAAUUGAAGGUAUGUUUAUUUCAAAAAAUAUUUAGCAAGCAAAUACUACAAAGACUUAUUGGCCAUUUUGAUAAGCAGAAUCUAUUCUUAUCAUUUCAUCUUUUUAAUAUUCAAUCCUACUAAGUAAUCUUUGCCUUUCUAAAGCAUAGGUUGUAUGUCUCGUUUAAGAAACUACUUACAGCAUUACAUUAAAGGAGAGUUUGAUGACCUCGCA